AUGCUGAGACUUAUUCUCCUAUCUCUGAGCAUUAUCUCAGUAUCAGGAUAUACCCCUGCUGGAAGAACUAGUCAAGUAUGUCAGUUUGUCAGAAAUGCAAUAUAUUGCUUUGGCGGUGGCCACAACAACAAUGGACUUUUCACAGCCGAUUACCCCGAACAUUUGUAUCUGGAUCUCUCAAAAAGUCUCGAGUUGGAUAACUUUGCUUAUGACGCGUGGAAAGAUAUUUCAAUUAGCAGUGAUGGAUUCGAGUUGGAAAAAAGUUGCAAUGCAGCCUCGACAAUUCUUCCAGAUGAUCGCUACAUAAUCUUUGGUGGAGGAAACUGUAUGAAUUACGUGACUCUAUCCAACAAUACAGUUGUAUUUGACGCAAAAACACAAAAGUGGACAGGUUACAAUCAAACUGCGGUACAACAAAACUAUGAAGGUUUUGGAGUGUAUCUUAACCGCACUAACAAGGCUCUUUUCUGGGGUGGACGAAGUACUACUGGCGUCCAAAACACAAAUAUAAACCCAAUAUUCUAUUCAUUUGAUGCCACAAAUCCUUCAGUGUUUUUUACAUUUACUACUCCUUUGGGUGAUGGUAUGAAAAUGCCUGGAUCAGGACAAUCUGUUCUGGGACCUGAUGAGAAGACUAUUUACCAUUUUGGCGGGUGGGAGGGAUUUUCUGAUCCAGCUGCUGCAAACUUUACAACCUACGCAAGUUCCUUCAGAACUAUUUCGUUGUACAAUACCGACACAUCUAUAUGGUCAACAGUAACAGUUGUUCCGGAUAUAAUUCCUUCCAACAGGACUAUGAUGACUGCCACUUUGUUACCAAAUUCCACAAGUUUUCUCAUCUAUGGCGGAGUUACACAUCUUAGUGCAGCGAUAACUUAUCCUUGUGAAGAUUAUGCAUAUUUAUUUGACACUUUGUCUAACUCUUGGUCAGUCGCAAACAUCUCGUCUGAAAACGGAGCAGGUCCGCGCUUUGGACAUUCUGCUGUAUUACACCCUAACGGUGAUCUAUUCAUUAUAUUCGGUGUCGAUAGAAGUAAUACAAAUAAAAAUGACUACCAUAUCCUAGACACGAGCAAUAUUCAGAGCUUUACGUGGAAAACUGCAUUUACACCAAAUUCAUUUCUUGAAUCUCCAUCAACAAAUUCAACAAAGUCGACCGGUUCAGGAUCAUCAACUACCACAGGCUCAAAGUCUGGCACAACUAAAGACGGCAUCAGUGGAGGUGCUAUUGCAGGAAUUGUAGUUGGCUGUGUGGCUGCAAUUGCUAUAGCUGGUAUACUUUUCUGGUUCUUGAGGAGAAAGGAGGCUGAUAAAAAGGAUACUAUUUAUGAAGAGGUUAAUGUCUCUAGUAUCAAGCCACCUCUCAAUCCUACCAGUGGAAUUCAGACAGAAAACAUUGACAUUGAAAGAAGAAUAAACGAGUCAAAUAUAUUAGUUGUUGAUAACAAUAAGCCUGAUAUUCCUCGUAUCAUGAUGGAGCCAGUAAAGCCACAGGGAGACUGA